AUGGGCGCCGCCAAGUUAUCUACAAGCCCACUGAAUUUAUCGAAACGCAGUAUCUAUAAAGUAUCUAUCUAUCUAUCUAUCUAUCUAUUAGUCUUUGUUCAGAUCUAUCUAUCUAUCUAUCUAUCUAUCUAUCUAUCUAUCUAUCUAUCUCAUUUUCUGUUCAUAUCUAUCUAUCUAUCUAUCUAUCUAUCUAUCUAUCUAUCUAUUAGUCUUUGUUCAGAUCUAUCUAUCUCAUUUUCUGUUCAUAUCUAUCUAUCUAUCUAUCUAUCUAUCUAUCUAUCUAUCUAUCUAUCUAUCUAUCUCAUUCUCUUCUUUGUUCAGAUCUAUCUAUCUAUCUAUCUAUCUAUCUAUCUAUUAGUCUCUGUUCAUAUCUAUCUAUCUAUCUAUCUAUCUAUCUAUCUAUCUAUCUAUCUAUCUAUCUAUCUAUCUAAUUUUCUCUUCGUAUCUAUCUAUCUGUUUGAAUUUAGAUGCGGAAUCAUUUUCUUAUCCGGUCCAGUUUUACUGACAACCUUUCAGUCGUUAUACCCUUGGUCUUUCCUCGGGUAUUUUUGCUUAGUUCGUAUAUACCUUUGGCACCAACAAACCGAUUAG